AUGGUGGCCUCUGAUGAGCAGACCUACCUGGCCCUCCCGGGACCGGUGGCAUUCUCCAGAUCUCGCGGUCGUGCAAUUGCUCUAGAUAUCGGAGCAAUUGAUGUUCGAGCCCAAUGGGUCCACUACGUCCACACGGCCCAACCUCUGCAGGAAGCUCAAGAAGCAGUCCUUGAGCAGCUCCUUCGAUACGGUGACAUUGUCGAUAUUCCUCCCACGUUCGAGCCAACCGAUGGCGCCGUACAAAACUUUUAUGUCUACCCGAGAGUCGGAACCAUUUCACCAUGGAGCUCGCAGGCAACUGGAAUCUCUCACGUCUGCGGUCUUUCGACAUUCGUCAAGCGCAUCGAACGAGGCUUGAAAAUUUCAGCACUCUUCUCCGAAGGCUCGACACCGGAGGAAGGAUACUUGGAGCGUCUUCAUGACCGAAUGACACAGGUCAUUAGCCAAGAGGAACCCGACCUCGCCAAAGUGUUUUCAGAUCAUCCACCGCUUCCAUUAGAGACUGUUCCUCUUCAUGCCGGAGACAGGACCCCUACGGAGAUUCUCCAAGAAGCAAAUAGGCGUCUGGGCUUGGCAUUGGAUCAAUCGGAAAUUGACUAUCUUGUUGCAGCAUACGCAUCGAACGGCCCUGUGCCCCGCGAUCCUACCGACGUCGAACUUUUCAUGUUCGCUCAAGUCAACUCUGAACAUUGCCGUCAUAAGCAGUUUAAUGCAACCUGGAUUAUCGAUGGCAAACAGAUGCCCAACAGCCUCUUCUCGAUGAUCAGAAAUACACACAAGAAGAAUCCAGAGUAUACAGUUAGCGCUUAUAGUGAUAACGCAGCUGUGUUGCAAGGCGAGAAUGCUGGAUUCUGGGCUCCAGACCCUACAACCCGCGAAUGGACUCAGACCAAGGAGCAGGUUCAUAUACUGGCCAAGGUCGAAACACACAACCAUCCUACUGCGGUUUCCCCAUUCCCCGGUGCGGCUACUGGCUCUGGUGGAGAGAUUCGAGAUGAGGGAGCUGUCGGUCGAGGUUCAAGACCAAAGGCCGGCUUAGCAGGAUAUUGUGUGUCUGACCUUCUCAUACCAGAACUCAGACAGCCUUGGGAACUUGAUGUUGGAAAGCCUCAUCAUAUCGCAAGCAGUUUGGAUAUCAUGCUUGAAGCUCCUAUCGGCAGUGCAGCCUUCAACAACGAGUUUGGACGUCCAUGCACGGCCGGAUACUUCCGGACCUUGCUCACUGAGCUUGAUAUCGGAAAUGGUCAGAAGGAAAUUCGAGGAUACCACAAACCAAUCAUGAUUGCUGGCGGCGUAGGCACUGUUAGACCCCAACAUGCUCUCAAAGAUCCCAAGUUGGUCAAGCCUGGGUCUUUCCUGGUUGUUCUAGGUGGUCCGGCUAUGCUUAUUGGACUUGGUGGAGGUGCCGCGUCGAGUCUCGCUUCUGGAGAAGGAUCUGCGGAUUUGGAUUUUGCUAGUGUCCAGCGUGGCAAUGCAGAAGUCCAGCGUAGAGCCCAAGAGGUUAUCAAUGCUUGUGUGGCAAUGGGAGAAGACAGUCCGAUCAAGUUCAUUCAUGAUGUUGGUGCUGGUGGCUUAUCGAAUGCCCUUCCGGAAUUGGUCCAUGAUGCCGGUCUAGGCGCAACGUUCGAACUCAGAGAAAUCGAUAGUGCCGACCGUGGCAUGAGCCCCAUGCAAAUAUGGUGCUGUGAAGCCCAGGAGAGAUAUGUCAUGGCCAUCGGGGAGGAAGGAAUGAACAAGUUCACUGCCAUUGCCCGUCGCGAGCGUUGCGGCUUUUCAGUUGUUGGAAGAGCCGAGCAAUCCCAACAAUACGAAGAGAAACGACUUGUUCUUUUGGACAGAGAUUCAAAGGAAUAUCCCAAGCCUAUCGACCUUCCACUUUCAGUUCUUUUCGGAAAACCCCCCAAGAUGACUAGGCAGGUUGAUUCACGAAAGCUGAAACAACCGGCCUUUGAUGCUAGUCUCUCGACUUACCUCCCCGCAGCACCAUCAGAGCAACGUCUCUUCGAAGAAGCUGCUAGCCGAGUACUUUCUCUUCCUGCUGUUGGAUCUAAAUCCUUCCUAAUUACUAUUGGUGAUCGAACUGUUGGAGGUCUUACUGCUCGAGACCAGAUGGUAGGACCCUGGCAGACUCCAGUUUCUGACGUAUCCGUCACCGCUACCUCCCUUACUCAAGGCAUAAGAACCGGAGAGUCUAUGGCUAUGGGCGAGAAGCCUACACUUGCCCUCAUCUCACCAGCUGCUUCGGCACGUAUGGCUGUUGCAGAGUCCUUGAUGAAUAUCACGGCCGCAGACUUGUUUGAUCGUCUUAGCAGAGUUAAGCUCUCGGCUAACUGGAUGUCAGCCAGCAGCCAUCCAGGAGAAGGAGCAGCAAUCUAUGAAGCUGUAGAGGCCAUCGGUCUCGGUCUGUGCCCUCAGCUUGGAAUCAGUAUUCCUGUCGGCAAGGACUCCAUGUCGAUGAAGAUGAAAUGGAACGACGAGAAGACAAAAGAAGCCAAGGAAGUCACUGCACCAUUGUCCGUUGUCAUUUCGGCUUUUGCCCCCGUUCAGGACUUCAGAAACACAUGGACCCCUACGCUUCACAGUUUCGAGGAUGUUGGCGAAACCGUUCUCAUGUUUGUUGACCUUGCAUGUGGUCACAAGGCUCUUGGUGGUUCAGCUGUAGCGCAAGUCUUCAAGCAAGUCGGUCAGGAGAGUCCUGAUGUCCGUGAUGUAGAACUUUUCAGAGACUUCUUUGAUGCUACGCAACAGCUCCAUGAACAGGGCAUCGUGCUAGCAUACCACGAUCGUUCCGAUGGUGGUCUCUUCACGACAUUGGCUGAGAUGAUGUUUGCUGGACGUUGUGGCGUUGAGAUCAUGCUUGAUGAGUUACAAAAGGAAGGCGAUAUCCGAAGCACUAUCGAGACUCUCUUCAACGAAGAGCUUGGAGCUGUUUUCCAGGUCCGAAAGGCUGAUGAGAUUCGAUUCCGAUCGUGCUUCGCUACAUGUGGACCACCACCUGGCCUGAUUCGACGCAUUGGCCGUGUCUCCCAGAAACCAAAACAGAAUCUCACCAUCUACCACAAACACAAACUGAUCUACCGCCAACCCCGUGGAAAGAUCCAACAGAUCUGGUCGCACACAUCUUAUCACAUGCAGAAAAUCCGAGACAACGCAGCAUGCGCUGACCAGGAGUAUGCCAAUAUCCUUGAAGACGCCGACCCAGGUAUUUCAUGGAAUAUCAAAUUCGAUCCCAAGGACAAAUGUCUCCCUAUCCUCACCAGCUUGAGCCAAUUCUCUCCAUUCAGCAACAAACCUCGUGUCGCUAUCCUUCGUGAACAGGGUGUCAACAGCCAGGCUGAAAUGGCCUUUGCUUUUAACCUUGCUGGCUUCGCCGUUGUUGACGUACACAUGACUGAUAUCAUCUCUGGUCGCGUAUCACUCGCCGCUUUUGUCGGCCUCGCCGCCUGCGGUGGCUUCUCAUACGGCGAUGUUCUCGGCGCAGGUCAAGGCUGGGCCAAGUCCGUCUUACUCCACGAAGAAACCCGCAAGGAAUUCAAGACAUUCUUCGAACGUCCGGACACAUUUGCCCUCGGUGUCUGCAACGGAUGUCAAUUCCUCUCACGACUCAAGGAGCUCAUCCCCGGUGCCCAAUCCUGGCCUAGCUUUGAGCGAAACGCCAGCGAACAAUACGAAGGUCGCGUUGCAAUGGUACAUGUCUCCGACCCUGACCCUUCUGCACCAUCCGUCUUCCUGCACGGUAUGCACGGCUCCUCGCUUCCCAUUGCAGUGGCUCAUGGAGAAGGUCGCGCAUCCUUUACAAUGACCCCGGACGUCACCGCACAAGACUUUGUCAGACAUAACCUUGCCCCCGUCCGAUAUGUGGACAAUACCACCCUCAAACCCACCAUGACAUACCCAUACAAUCCGAACGGUAGUCCGGAAGGCAUCGCCGGUAUCAGGUCUCCUGACGGUCGUGUUUUGGCUAUUAUGCCUCAUCCGGAACGUACCGUUAUUGGCGGUGUUGCUAGUUGGUUACCAGCGGAUGCGGAGAAAUGGGGGGAUGUUGGUCCUUGGGGACGCAUCUUUUAUAGUGCUCGCAGAUGGGUUGGUUAG